AUGCAUUUCGCCUCGAUAGCCCUUUCAAAAGAUCAAGUCAAGCUUGCCGCGGAGGCGUCAAAGGCGGUUGAUACAAAGUCUACAGAUGAGCUCCAGAUGUUGUCUGAGAGCGGUCAGAGGCUUUUCGAAUCGCUAGAGAACGCAAUCCGGGAAAAAUUACAAAUCUUCUCAAAACCCCAAAAGCACCACGACGAUAAGGGGUCGGUACCGGAAAGGGCGCCCGUCUUGAAAAGGGUUCUGAAGCUGCCCGAAGCAACGAACUUUGUGGUUAGGACCGCCGAUGUUGUAAUAGCGAUCCCACUGCCCCCACUGCCAGGCUCAGAAAGAAAACCCGAGAUCAAAAUCUUUGCGCCUUCAGGAAUCCCGUACGGCUGGCCUGCAGCUGCCGCUCUGAUUAUACCUCGUGGAUGGUCAUUGCGGUCAAUUGCAGGCGAUUCUUAUGCGAAUGUUAUGUUCAUGCGUUUUGGAGAAGAUAUCGAUAGUUAA